AUGGAAAAGCAAUUUGAAAAUCUAUUAUCUGGAGAUGUUCAGAAACCCUUUGAAAACAUUCUUAAGGAGACCACUUUGUUUGACGAUAACCUUGAUUUCAAUUUCCUUCCUCCUCCUGGAUUAUUUGAAAAGGAGAUAGAAUUCAUUAAGGAUUCUGAUAUGGACGACCUCCCUCAUAAGGAUAGCGGUGACUCUGAAAAAUCUACAGGUAGCAAUGAGAACCUUACUAAGAAUGACAGCCCUCAUGAACCGAAUGAUGAAGUCGAAAGCAACAUUUCAUAUCACUUUCAUUUUGAGGAUCCCGAAGAAUUUGAUGAGAGUGAGUUUUAUUCCCAAGAAGAUAUCGAUGGAAUGAUCUCCCAUGUAAAUCUAGAAGAAGAAAAGUACACUCCAAUAGUUCAAACAGAUAACCAGAAUUCUCUUGAAAAUCAAAUAGUCGUUACAGAAGAGAAAAGCGAUAAAUUUGUGAAAUUUCGUACUGCAAGAAAAGGAAAAUACUCAAAGAACUUCAAAAGAAAAGAUAAAAUUUAUAAGGCUGGCUUGAGGGGAUUAAAGGAAGUCUGCAAGGCUUAUUUCAAAAAGAAAGUCGAACUUUACAAAAAGGAGAAAAAGAUAAACCUCAAAAAAGAUGCUGCUAAACUUUAUGAAUGGCUUCAAAAUUGGUUGUUGAUCGAUGGAUCAGAAUUUUUAUUAAUGCUCAAUAUCGAGGUUUCAGAAGAAGUCAUGAUAAAGAUCUACUCGGUUGUCGCAUACCUUCUCAAUAUUCAAUCUUUCAAAAAUACAUUCAAAAAGGAUUCAAAAGGAGCUUAAAGGUAAAAAUAUUCAGGGAAAAAGAAAGAUAUUUCAAAUAUAACCAUAAAAAGAAUGGAACAAGCUUAGAUAGAGAGUAUGCACUCGAUCAUAUAGCAACUUCACUUUGUAAAUUCCUUUUGCAAAGAUUUCAGAGCUUACAAGAUGUGUUUUUCAGAAAGUUGACUGAUAGAAAAGAUGCAUCCAUUCCAGAUAUCAAGCUCUUUAAACAAACAGUUGUU